UAUAUGUUUGUAUAUACAUAUAUAUAUAUAUAUAUAUUAUAUCUACAUAUUUAUCUUUGUGCUUGAGGCAAUGAAGACAGCUAGUGAGGUUGUAUAUAUUUAUUAAUACACGCUACGUCGUACGUACCACGUUAUUUUGGUUUGUAAUGGAGUAGUAUUGAUUGUCAUUAUUCCCAUGCCGACUUUCCAUAAACGCACACCCGAGAUACAUGCAUACGUAAUUAUUAUGUUGUUAUACAGAACUCUCAUAUUAUAUAAUUUUACCGUUAUACGUUGCAGUAAUUUUUUAAUAAUUUAUAAUGAAUAAAUUUUAUUUAAUUAUUUAAUUUAUACUGUCUAAAUUCGUGCGAGAAAUUAAAAUGGUAAAUCUCACCUUAUGUGACGCAGUCAGUUGCAUCUGCCUCCGCUACGUGGAAAAACCCAGAGCACCACACCCGUCCACGUGUCAACAUCUGAACCAUCCUUCACCUACGUGGCAGACCUGCUGGGCCCCACUCUAACUUUUUCCUGAACAGUCACCAUCACGAGCAACGGACCCGCCACAUUCUCUGCAAUGAGCAUUUCCAUUUUAUUUUAUUUAUCUCAUCUCCUCCCUUGCUGUACUCUCCGGAAGAGCUGUAACAAACACAACACGUACACAGAGCUGAACUUCCGAAAAUGGCGAUUCCUCUGUCUGCUUACACUAUAAAAGCGGCGCUGAUAUUUACUGGAGUGUUGUCAGUGGCUGUGCUGCUAAAUAUCGCUGCUCCAGUGAUAUUGGACUUCGUCGUCUCUGAUAUUCCUCUCAUUUAUAGCACCGUGGCCUGUUUGCUGAGGCCUCCUUAUCUUUAUAUCGUAAUCAACUGUAUCAUUAUCACCAUUGCCGCUUCCUCCAAGCUCCACUCCAGAUCUUUCGUUAACGAUCCUUACAGCUCGCCGUCUCCGGGAAAUACUCCAGCGAGGACGAAUUACUUUGAUGUGGGCGUUUCGAAGGCGCUGGAUGAUCGGACUGGGAGGAUUGAGGAAGAGCUCGGAGCUAAAGUUUUUUAUCCGAAGGAGGUGGAGGAGGAGGAGGAGGAGGAAGACGGUGAUGGAGGAAGAUUCUCUGUGGCGGCCCCACUGAGGAGCGAUUCCAUGGAGUUUUCUGCUCUGAUUAUCGGAGAAGAGAAACCGCUGAUUUCUUCGAGGUUCGGUCAACGGAAACCUGUCAAAGCUAAUCUCGAAGGCGGGAAGGCGUUACGAGUGACGGCGAAGCAGAAACGGCAGGACACGUUGGAGAGCACAUGGAAGGCGAUAACGGAAGGACGUUCGAUGCCGUUAACGAGGCAUCUAAGGAAGUCCGACACGUGGGACUCGCACGUGCACCCCUCGACGGGCAAAGACUCUCCUCCUCCUCCUCCACCGCGGAGGAUGAUGAAAUCCGACACGUUUAUUGACGCCACUUCCGCUACCGUGAAAUCUUCGCCGAGGCGUAGUCCGGCAACUGGGCGGAUCAGGAGGGAGCCGUCUCCGAGUCAGGACGAGUUGAAUAAGCGAGUUGAGGCGUUUAUAAAGAAGUUUAACGAGGAAAUGAGGUUGGAGAGGAAGAAGUCUUUGGAUAAAUACCGACAGGUGGUUCAUGGACGGAUUUAUUAGGAAGGAGGAAGUUGUUAGAAAUUUUAGAUUUGCUUCAUGGGGCUCAAAACUCAAUAGUUCCUCAACGUAUCUGUUGCUACUGUCCGAGUUCUUUGGCAAGCGAGAGUCUGAGACGAGCUUUCUAGAACUCAAGAGCGACCUUGAUGAUCUCGGUGCAAGUCGGGGUUCUCUUAUUGUCAGUCUCGGCAUUAAUAUUUCCGUUCCUUCUCUUCCAACGGAGCUAAGAAGCGGUAAGGAAAAAUCGCCUUCGCGCUCAGGGCAUGGCUGUCCGAUAUUUGUUUGCUUGUCUCUUUUUUUUUUUGUUUCUUGGUUUCCCUGAAAGAAUUUUUUCUUUUUUCGAUGAUUUUGAAGACGAUAUCUUCCUAAAUUUUUCUACGCCCUUCUCCCAAGCAACAUUAUCUUUUUGCUUCGAGGGAAAGUUUUCUGGUUUUUGUACUUUAAACCAGGUUCAAGGGCCUGUUUUUCUCUGUGUAAUUUUACUCAAGGGAACAAGAAGUUGAAUUGAUUGAACAUUUUUCAUUGCGCAAUAGCCUAACACUAUGGAGGAAUGCAAGUUUUGAGUCUGAAUUUUCUUUUUAUAUUGAAUAAUUAUCAACUUCAAGUUUAAUUUGAAAUUCUAGAAUUUGACUUGCUUAAAUAAAUAUAAAGCUUGAAUUUUUAUUGA